CUCUGGGCUCGGACCGGCAACAUGGCCAAACGUACCAAGAAGGUUGGGAUCGUCGGUAAAUACGGGACCCGCUAUGGGGCCUCCCUCCGGAAAAUGGUGAAGAAAAUUGAAAUCAGCCAGCAUGCCAAGUACACUUGCUCUUUCUGUGGCAAAACCAAGAUGAAGAGACGAGCUGUGGGCAUCUGGCACUGUGGUUCCUGCAUGAAGACAGUGGCUGGCGGUGCCUGGACGUACAAUACCACUUCCGCUGUCACAGUAAAGUCCGCCAUCAGAAGACUGAAGGAAUUGAAAGACCAGUAGACGCUCCUCUACUCUUUGAGACAUCACUGGCCUAUAAUAAAUGGGUUAAUUUAUGUAAU